AUUUUCUCGAGGGGGUAGACAAGGAGGACGAGGGACCCAAAUUGAGCGGGCUUCGUUCGCCCGCGUCUCUUACCGCCUUCCAAAUCCCACCACAAGAAACAGUAGGAGAGAGAGAAAUGGAAUACUGAGAGGGAGAGAGAGCAACUGGAAUACAACGCAGGGAUACUUGUGACAGAAGCUGCAUGGUUUGGUGCUUGUUGCCAUGGCCGCAAUACGAGCUCUCACAUUCGGCCAUCCCAAUACCGACCAGAUAAGCCGCUACCAACCUUUCUGUUCCUGCCUCUCUGCAACGCCUCAUCCCUUAUUUAUCAAAACGACGACGCCCCAUUUUAGAUUUCCCAUCAAACGGGUGGGUGGCGCCUUGAGGGUCCGCUGCUCUGCUAGCAACAGGCCUCCUUCCACGGACAUCAGCUCCGCAGCCAAGAUAAGAAGUGAAGUUCUUUCUCCCUUUCGUUCUGUUCGGAUGUUCUUUUAUCUUGCUUUCAUUGCAAGUGGUGCUCUUGGAGGGCUUAUAGCAUUCACUCAACUGAUUUCCGCUCUAACAAAUCCAUUAAGAGCAGCAGAACUUCCGGAUACCCUGAAAGGUCUUGGUAUUGAUUUGGCAGCAGUUGCUUUAUUUGCAUUUCUUUACUCUAGGGAGGUUAAAGCUGAAAAUUUACAAAUAGCAAGGCUUACCAGAGAAGAGACUCUUGCAAACCUUAAACUGCGGGGAGACGAGAAGGUUGUUCCUGUAAGUGCCCUGAGAGGAAUUGCACGGCUAGUCAUAGUUGCAGGCCCCGCUUCUUUUAUCUUAGAAUCCUUCAGACUUAGUCAGGCAUACACAGAUAGCCUUCUAGAGCGAGGAGUGCGAGUCCUUCCUUUGGCCACUGAUGGGCUCAUGCCUGAGUCUGAAAUGAAAGAGGAUGAUGAAUUGACUCUUCAGAAAAGGAAGAAGCUAUGGCAGUUACGUCCUGCUGAUACUCCUGAAUGGUCCAAGUGGUUAGAUGAACAGAAGGACCUGGCUAAUGUGUCAAGGGAUUCCCCUGUAUAUCUAUCUCUUCGCAUGGAUGGUCGUGUUCGUGGUAGUGGUGUUGGUUACCCUCCUUGGAAUGCUUUUGUAGCUCAGCUACCACCAGUUAAAGGAAUCUGGUCCGGUCUUUUUGAUGGAAUGGAUGGAAGAGUCUAGCUUAUCUUGUUGCUUUGUCCUUGUUAAGCCUCAAGUGAGCCUAUGUUGAGACCCUUCGACAAGGUGCAGCAGUUGACAGAUAUCUUCUUCAGGAUCCGACCACAUUUGUUUCUAUCAACAUAAUCCCUGCAGAUCUCUUUGCAACCGAUAAUGGGGUUGUUUGUUCCAACAUUGGUGCAUGGUACAUAAAUCUCCAAAUGUAGGACAUUCCAUUUAUUUUUUUUCUGUAAAUGUUUUCUUGCAUGCAGGUCAUAGUUAAUGAGAUAUAGUUUGCAUAUUUUCUGUGCACUCUACUUCAUUUUAACUUCAGUACUGUUGUAAUGAUUUAAUUGUCUAUAUCCAUUCUUUAAGUUGUAUGAAAUUGGUUAAAAACUUCAGGAUCAAAGAGUUUGGAGAUUGACAAUAUUUUUUA